UGACACAUUGACAUUAUGUCACUUUUGGUUUCGUUGGUUUGGUUUCGUGUUAUCAGAAAAUCAUUUUUAUCAAAAACUUCUUAUCAAUUUGGAAAUAACUUCGUGAUUUAAGUAACACCUUAAAUAAAACAAUAAAUUUCUAAAGUGGUUGAAUUUAGUGUUAUAACUAGAUUCGAAAGGACUUAGUCGGUACUAUUAAUAUUUUUUUAUUCUUAAUAUAAAACACAAAAAGCGUAAUAAAAAAUGUUUGCAUUACGAGCAGUAAUAAAAUAUCGACAUACAAGUGUAAAAAUAUUGAAUUCUGCACGGCAAGGUUUACAUACAAAUUACCAUUUACCUCAAGUGUUAAAAGCAAGAUUCUUAAGUUCUGAAAAGAAAAAUAAGAUAAUGGUGGAUCCAAAAAGAGUGGUCAGUUAUGAUGACAUGUUGAAAGUGAUACACCAGCCAGAAAAGGUGAUCAUUGACGUCCGCAAUCCAGAUGAAGUGCAUAACACAGGGAAGAUACCUUCCAGCAUCAACAUUCCAUUGGGAAAUGUUCAAAAUGUAUUGGCAUCCAUGUCUGAAGAGGAAUUCAAACGUCAAUAUCAACGAAGCAAGCCAUCAUCAUCUGAUGAGCUGAUCUUCUAUUGUCAGUCAGGUAGAAGAUCUUCAGAAGCUCUGGAUAAAGCUCUAAAACUUGGAUAUUCUAAUUCUAAGACAUACUUGGGAAGUUGGAAUGAUUGGUCCAGUCGCCAGAAGUGAUUAUCAUCACACUGUCUACAUGUGGUGUUAGUUGCACUGUGAUGUAUGAUAUAUUUUGCAUAAUAUUUAAUUAAGGUUGUGGUAUCUGUUUUACUUUAAAGGGAUGUCUGCACAAUAAAAUUUUAAUAUAUUUUUUUUUUUUAUUA